CGUUCUCCGACAUUUAUAUACACGAGGAAUCACAAAAGAUUUGAUUACAGCUUAAAAACUGUUUCAGUUUUUCAACCAGCAGAAAUAAAUCGUUGCUUGGCAAGGAUAGUUGCGUCGUCUGCCGAUAUGACAAAGUUGAUAUCACUGUGAUAUUGUGUGUAAUCAGAAAUAUACUUCCGGUUGGGAAGGCGGUGAUUGCUUGAAUGAGCAGUUUUUGCUGUCAUUUAGGUUACACUAUAUUAGCACAAUGAGUGCUAUAAAUUUUACAUCGCCGAAACCAGUACUGCGUGAUAACCGAAAGAAUCUUGAUUCGAUGUCACUGAUGGACAGUGACAGUGUUUGCUCCCAAGAGAAUUUUGCGGCGAAUUUGGUGUACGAGUUUCUCCGUAGCUACGAAUUCAAGGAAACCGUGACCAGCUUCGUAGAAGAAUGUAACAAUAUGGGUUUUGUGCUCAAUGAACCGACUACACUGAAAGAAAAAAUACAGAGACAGGAUGUUUGUAAGAUCCAGAAAGUUUUCCUUGAAAACUCCGAUAUGGAAUUUUUCAAUGCUUGGAAUACUCUCAUACCACCAUCAAUAAAAAGUAAACUUGAAUACAGAAAACUGACUUUUUACCUUCAUGUCUAUUUUGCAAUAAUACCACUAAUUUUGGGCAAGACAAGUACAUUAACAUUAUGACAGAAGGAAUCUGAGAAAAUGGAAGAUCCUUCUAACACAAAUUUUUGUAAUGAGAACUCUGGACUUAAAGGAAUUGCUGUGGGGCAUGAAAAUAAUUGCAGUGAUGCCAGAGUAGAAGAUAAAAGUGAAAAUGAAAUAAAUAAGAGUCACAAUGUGAAAGAGAAUUUUAUGUUUUUGGAGAACACAGAUACAAUAACGGAAUGCGGUGAUCAGAUGGAGCCCCGGCUUACAAAUGAAAUUAAAGAUAUCGAUGUUAAAAGUGACAGUUCUGUUGUGGCUAAAAAAGGGGAGUUUUGUAACCUGGAACUGAUCUCUGACAAUUGCUAUGAAAAUGAAAGUGUUAGCAGUGAAUCUGAGAUGAACAGUUACAAUGGGCAAAGUGGAAUGACUGCCUUAAAAAACUUUUUGGAAACCGAAGGAUGUGAAUUUAGUGGUGAAACAGAAUUUCUUCGAUUCUAUGCACUUCCAUAUGUUAAUGAUCCAAAGUCUCAUCCAUCAUUCCAGAAUCUAUUUACACAGACUACCAGAAGUACGUACUGCAGGAGAACUGAUAAAUCUCACAAUCAAAUCUGUGUGGCAGCUGAACUAACAGAUGCUUUGGAAAAAUCUGUGACUGGACAAGAGGUUGACUUAGAAAUGACACUAACAAACUGCACAAAAAUAUAUCCAGAACUUUUCAAGAAUGAUUUGAAAAUUAGAAAUCAUCCAUAUUUGGAACCUGCACUUGGAGAAGUACAUAGACCUUCAGUUUCCCAAGGAAAAGAAAUUCCUUUGUCAAAUAUUAUGACACAUUUUGAACUUGACUUCAAAAAAAUAAAACACCAUUUGACAUUGGGAAGUGUUAAAACCAAACUGCUGCUUUUACAAGCCCUUCGUUGGCGUAUCACACAAAAUUCUCUUGAGGAACGUGAAGCAGCACUGGGAGCAUAUUCCCGACAUGAUGUUCUCUCUUUGCGACUGAAUCGGUCUCAGCUACUGGCAACACAGCUUAUACCGACAGACGUAGCUACACCACAUCCACUUCAGCAGGCAGCUGCAAGAUUACUAAAUACUUUGGCAUCACUUCAUACAGGAAGGGAUUAUCUCUGUUCAGCUGGACGCCCUCUUAUUGAUACUGUGAUUGAAUGUAUCUCAGGUCACAAUCCAGCAGUUAAUGUUGAUACUGUCACAACAGACAUGCUGCUAGCCGCAUUGCAAAAGCUGUCACUCAGACGAGAACAAAGAAUAUUCAUGAUUGAUGGGGGUCUAGUGGAGUGGCUGGUGCAAAGACUGGAAGCAACUCAGCAAACACAAAUGCGAUCCUAUGCUCUUGAGUAUACCAUGGCGCUGUUCAUGAAUCUGUGCCUUCACCGACAAGCCAGAGAGCGUUGUGUGCCAUUUGCAAGACCAUUGGUUGAAAUACUUGCAUCCUAUCUUGGCAAUAGCUUGCUUAAGCCUACACCCUACGUGACUGGGACACUAUACAGUUUACUGGCAAACCAUCAGAUUAACCAAGAAGCCAAGAGAAGUGGACUUUGUGACAUUUUGGAGCAUUUACAGAAGCAAAGCACAGGAGAAGUGCAACAUCAGUUGGAAUGCCUUCUCAAACGUCACAAGGACCUCCUGCCUGACCAAUAUACAUCUAGUGAAGAGGAGAUCACCGAUGAUGACACAGUAGAGCUUGACUUGUUAGAAGAUGAACUUGAUGCAGAUGAUCCAGUGACAAACAUUCAUGGUGAACUAUGUGGUGAGGCUCUUUUGUAUCAACAAUAUCGUCAACCAUUCCCUCGUCAUGGUUUGGUUUUGCCAUCGAAUACAUUACCUCAUGCAGGAGAACCUGUUUUUCGUGCUACCACACCUCAGCUGCAACGAUCACAGGCACUCGGUCAUCCAUCAAAUGCGCUGAUAUUAGAGAACAUUGACUCAGCAACUGAUGGGGAAAGCACAAAGGAAGUUGUCACAUUUAAUGACAUACUGUCUGGUCCUCUUCAGAUGGCUGUACUUGGCUCAGAAGUGGCACAUUCAGCAGUACAAGGAACAACAGCAGCAGAAGAUUGUUCAUCUGUCUGUGAAGAACGGGAAAAUGAAUUUACAAAAGCUUUCACGUCCCGUCCACGUAUACCUCGGACACCGUCAACAGGGAAACCUUCUUAAACAGAAUUACUUUCCAUGCUAAAGAAGGGCUGUUAUCAGAUCAGGAAUUUGCAAAUGUAACUGUUUUUAUCUGAUUAGUUUCUGAAACAUUUCUGUGCAUUUUAAAAGUUUACCACUGAAAUUUUGAAAUUCAGGAAUGUAAUGUAUCUUUUAUAUUGAUGUGGGAAAAAUUGUAAGGCUUUAUGUACAUUUAUGUUAUUAGCUAUUUCGUGUUACUAAAUCCAAAUCUGAGUGCCUUAUAUGGAAUGCAGUUUGUACCAUUAUGUAUGAAGUAAACAUAAUUUUUAAAGGUUUUUAUCAUUUAGAGGUUAUAUGAUGUAUCUGUUGCAUUUAGGUGCAACUAUAAUUUCUUAGAGUUAAAACUUAUUCAUCCAAAACUCUCAUUUGGGAACUGCACAUAGAAUGGUUCUGUGUUCUGCAGCAGAGUGGGCUGCCACCCAGUAGUUCAGUCCCACUCACUUUGUUGGCCAACUCAGGUACAGGAGUGUUUUAUUUGGUGCAGCCAGUUGCCAGCCCUUGGCCCCCCACACCGGGCAGACUGCAUUGCAAACAGUGGGAAGAAAGUACAAAAUAUAUGGACAGGGCACACUACCACAAGAGCACAUGGUACACACGCCACACUAUUUCUUCGGUAUGUGGUUUGCACAUCCUACCAUCACCUGUUCUCACUUAAAUAUGAACUUUAAAACAGGAUGAUACAAGGUUUAAAUAAAACUGGCAAUAUUGCCCCUAAAAUUCAGUGAAAUCAUUUCAAAGACAAUUUAGGUAAAUCAAAUAUACACAAAAAAUGUGGAAUAAAUGAAACUUUUGCACAUGUACAUACAAUGGAAAAGAAACAUAAUGUGCAAAAAUAACUUCAUCAUGCUUUUUCACUCAUUUGCGUCAGUAAUGGAAUUACUAUGAAUAAAAAGAGAAGCAUCCACAUUUCCCAGGUGUAAAAGUGAUGGUUUAGCACUGCAAAUGAAACUGGUGGAGCAAAAUUUCUUCCAGAAGCUGAGCUCGAUCCUUGUAUACAAAAUAUUUUUCUGGCAAUCUAUGGAAAAUAUUGAAAAUUUUUCCUGUUCUGUUUGCUGUAGGGUGCCCCAUUUUCUCCCAGUUUACAGUUUUGCUUUUAAUACCUGUCUAACUUAUCUGUUGGAGUUGAUCCUUCCUGAACAUCUAACAGAAUUCCUUGGUUUCACUGGUACUGCAGUUUCAUGAAAUAACUCUCUCCUCAUGAUUCAUACAGCAUGACAUUUUACCUAACAGUGCCAAUACUGUGAAUGUUAAACUGCUGUUGAAAACAAAAUCAAAUGCUUUGUUCUUGAAGAUACUUGAACCAUUUAUUGGCAGCAUCUGUAGUUUGUGAGCAUUCACUUCUUGUUGUACAACCAGUCACCUCAGGCAUAGUUAGACGUCUUAGUCUCUUAGCAUUUUCUGCCAUGUGCUGUGAUGUGGUUGUGGAAUGAGUUGUAAUUGCCUUUGCGGAUACUUUUCUUUACAUAUUAGCAAGAUCCAAAAAACCUUCACCUGCAAUAGUUCUGUAGAACCUAAAGCAGCUCUCUCUCUCUCUCUCUCUCUCUCUCUCUCUCUCUCUCUCACACACACACACACACACACACAAACAGCCAUACGUAUAUCAGUAACUAUCUUCUGAACAAAUUGUAGAAGUAAUUCUCAACAACACAAGAUGCUUGUUUAUUAACCACACACAGAUGGUGAGAAAUAUGCAAAAUGCAUUUGACCCUUUAAGCAUGAGCAUUAAGUUCAGAGCACAGUGCACGACAAAUACAAUUAACCCUUUACCCAUUGCCAACCAUUCUAGGGUUAAAUAAUGUCCAAAUUGAACUUUUAAGAUCUGUAUCACUCUCUGUGUUUCUGUACUCACCACUGAUUAAUUUUUCCCGGUACUUCACAUUUUCUUGACAUGCUGUCUUACAAACAAUGUUUAUUUUCUGCACUCUUCUACCAUGAUAACAAAAGAAAAAAAAAAUAGAGAAGUUGGUGAUAGUGAUAAUGUGAACUGCCCUACACACUACACAUCACUGAUCAACACAGCACUGCCCCUACUCACUGUUCAUAUAUUGCAGUUUGAAAUAACCAUCACUGCUGCAACCAGCUCAUGGUGCACUAGUGAUUUUACGGAGUACAGCCUAUCAUGUGCGAUGAGAUCAUGGGCUUGUUUCAUCUGAAACUGUUGUGAACCAGUUUGCAGCACCGGGGAAGUUGCCCUUAGGCUGGGCCUCUGUGCAUAACUCUAUUCUGCAGCUAGAUUGUUUUGAUCAAUUGCCAAUGAAUUUGAGUAUCUGUCUGUUCACAACACUCCUUAACAGCAAUAUGUGAUGUAGAGAACAGUUUUAUGGCCAUGUCUAGUCUUAAUAAGUGGCACUGGGAAAACUGAAAAACUGAUAAAUGGAAUGCAAGAGUUUAAAUUAAGUAGUAAUGGUACCUAUUGUUAGAACAGUGCUUCUUAAUUGAAGUGCAGUGAAGUGGCUAUUGAUCACUAACGAGGGUAGCACUUUUGAAACUCAGCUUUUUUUUGCCACAUAGCAUACAAAAUCCACUGGCUUUCAUAAAUGGACACCAGUUUUUCCUAAUGACAAGUAAACAGUUGAAUUCUAUUGUUGUUGUCAAUGUUGUUGUUGGUGGUGGUGGUUGUGGUGGUGGCAGUGGUGGUGGUGAUAAUGAUGUGAUACUGAUUAUUUCAUUUAUUGUUAUUGGACAUUUAGUCCAGAAGGAAGAAUUCUUAUGUCUCAUAUUUUAUCAAACACUAAGUAAAUCUGUUUACUAUGAAAAUUAUUAGUAUUUAUGCUUUUCAGUGUAAGGAAACCUUUUGCAUAUCAUCAUUUGGUCAUUGAGCAUAAUUUUUUGGCAAUACUUUUUUUUACUGUGAAGAGUUUUUUUCAUUACUUCCAAGAGUAACAGGCCUGAUUGUGAUCAGACUUAAAAUUAGAACUUUCUAACAGAGCUCAAACUUUUCCCUAACACUGAGUAAAUUUUAGAGAUAAAUUUCUUUUGAGGCCCAAGUGCAUGUCAGUAGGCCUGCCACGUACAAGGCCAGUCUCAGUACACAGGAUGAUGAAUAAAAUGAAUUUUGUUUCACCUGUGAAACACAGACUUAUACUAGAAUGAAAAGGUGCAGAAUAUGAAGAAUGUGUUACUAUUCUGGCAUACAUUUACAUUCAUGGAUGUCUUGUUAUUUACUUGCAACAGCAAUGUCUUUUGGCUUCCAUUAAACAUGUGCUUAUUCAGUCAGUCAUUGCAAUUUCACAAGUUGCCUGUCACCUAAAUUAACAAACUCUUGGAACACUGACUUAUGACCCACAGAUUCCAUUUCUCCCAGUUUUUUCAGUGAAAUUUCAAGUGUACAUCUGUGUUACCUUUGCAAGUAGAAAUGUUCAAGAUCCUUUUACAAUAGAAAUCUAAAUACCAGAUCGUUCUGCUUCAAGAAACACAAAUGAAGGCUACUUCUUUGCAAAGAGAAUGUCACACACAUUUACUGUGAAUGCACCACUGUGUGUUGGAAUCUCUCUGUAAAACAAAUCAUGUGGUUGAAUGCCCAUUGUCUUCAUCAUGCUGCCAGUUACUCAUAUUGUACAACAAGGUAUCUGUUGUUUCCUUACAUAGAUCUAGAAUAGAUAAUUUUUAUUUGGGUGCGGCAGGCCAAAACUAUGUUUGUGGGACCAAACUUUCAUCUCUGCAAACAAAAUCAACUUACUGACUAUACAGUUUCAGGUUUAGUUAGCAACAGAAGACCAUAUACAAUGAGUGUCAAACUUUGCAUUCAUUAUGCAUUAUAUACAUGACUUUUAUAAUGUCAGACAGUAGUCAUUAAAACCUGAUUAGGAAUGUACACAGCAUAGUCUAUUCAGUGAAUAGCCACACAUACCUUAAUCUUAUAGUGGUCACCUAGUCAGAUAUUUAUUAUAAAUUCUGCUAUUCAAAACUAAUUGUGUGUACAAGUCAGUCUAAUUUUGCUUAACACGAUACCUUCCACUAUACUCAAAGUAACUAUUUAUUCAUCAGAAUCACUUGUCAAACAAUAUUUUGUACCCCAAGUUUCAUAUGAUGGUGGGGCACAUUCAUUGUUCCAUACUUGUAAGAGUGCUUCAACCAUAGAACAUUGCCAUCCCUUCACCUGAGUAUGCACAAAAGUUAUACUGCAAAAUGCUUCCCACUCUUCUUACUUCUACAGAAAUAUAUUCUGAUUCUGACUGUUUCACAACCACAGCAAAAUCAGUAGGAAGGCUUUCAGCCCUUGGAUGCAGGCCAAUCUCCAGCCUCUUUAUGCAGAAGAAACCAGUAGUUCUGUGUGGUAUUGCUAUAAGUAUUAUUUAAUUAGCCUGCCCUACAACAGUAAUGGAAUCAUCAUUAUUUGAAAAUUGUGUUUAACUGAUGAUGCAAUAUGAGCUGUAAUCUUGUAUAAUGUUGUAAUACAAAACUGUAAUUCAAUAAACUGUAAACAAGUUUAUUCCUGUUUCUUGUUCGUAUUAUUGUAAGCACCAAAUAAGAUGUUUACUGCUCUUUGGAAGUGAGUAUCCUCUCCUAUGCUGCUCAUAAUUUUAAUGUCAUAGAAAUUAAAAUUCAGAGAUCUCUGAUAAGUGAAGUUAAAUAUUUCUUGUACUAUGUCUAGUUUAUGUUUUAACGUAAAAUUCAUAUGUUGAAGCAUUUUUCUUUGUACUGCAGACUUAAUCUAAGAAGUGUAGUUUUUAAUCCAGAUACUUUUGUUUGUUUUCAA